AUGUCUGAGAUACACUUCCAAUGUAUAGGAUCUAAGCACCUUCUUUCCCCUCCAUCUCUAGUACUAACAUAUAAUGGAAAUAAAUGCUUGAUUAAUGUUGGUGAGAAUGUUCAAAGAUACUGUUUUGAACAUAAAAUUAAGCUUUCAAAAUUAAGGAGUAUUCUUUUAACAAACAUAUCGGUUGAAACUAUUGGAGGUCUUCCAGGACUUCUUUUAACAUUAAUAGGGGUUGGUGUUCAAAAGCUUCGAAUUGUGGGGCCAGAACCCAUUACUCAGUACUUGCUUAUGUUUGGGUAUGUAAUUAAAACUCAGAAAAAACAAGAAAAGUCUCUAGUUACUGUUAUAUCCAUUAAUUCCCAAGAAAUUUCUGAUCAUUUUGAUGGGGUAAAGUCUGAUCUAGAAAUUGAGAUUAUACAGAUAAUGCAAUCAUCAUCUUCUGGCCCUCUAAAACUUGAUUUGGAUUGCGAAGUCUCUCUAGAAUGUUAUCUAAAUCAAUCUUUGUCAGGAAUUCAUAAUUAUUUAAAUUCUGAAUGCAAUGAUAAUCUAAGUUCCAAAAAAAGAUGUACUGAGGGCUCUUCUUCCUGUUUCUCUACCCCAUCAAUAUUAUAUAUGUUCGAGUUUCCUGAGAAAAGAGGAAAAUUUGAUAUUCUUAAAGCUAAAAAACUAGGUAUUCCUCCUGGUCCUUUAUACUCCAAACUAAAGAAUGGAGAAAGUGUUCAAUUAUCUGAUUCAAAAAUUAUUCAACCCAAUGACGUUUGUUCCCCACCUAUAAAGUUACCCUGGUCAAUUAUUUUUCAUACCCUAAAUCUUACAGAACUUGAAUUUUUCCGCUCCAUUAUCUCCCAUAUUCUAGGCUCAAAAGGCUUUGAUAUAUCAGAUAAUACUCUUGAAUCUAAUAUUUCUUUGAAUAAUUAUCACAAUUCUUUAUCAAACUUUUAUAUAUUCCAUUUCCAAGCAGACUAUGACUCUUCUUUAGGUUCUUAUACAAAUAUCUUAAAGCUUGAUUCUUGCUUUAUCCAAAAUAGGAAUUACUUAUCCAAGGGAAUUAUCAGGAUUGUAAAGCUAAAUGAAAGAUUAAAUUUACUCAAAGAACAAGAGAUUAACCCUUUUAUGACUUCUUACUUUCUCCAAGAAUUCCUGAACCACAUUUCUCCCCAUAUAUUCCCCAUUUCCCCUGCCAAAGUUGACGAAUUAGCUUGGAAUCAACAGUUUUUCAUUUCAUCAAAUCAGAAGUCUGUCCAAAACACCAACUCUCUUGCAAACAUUCAAAAGAAAAGAGCCAAAUUUGCUCCGAUCUCACAGGAAUCAGAAAAUCAAAUUUUAUUCUUAAAACAAGAAUUUGAAUUCAUUUUUUCUAAUUAUAUAGAAAUAAAUCCAAAAACAAUUUUUCCUUUACUUUACGUUCUUGGAACCGGAUCUGCAAUUCCUUCCCCAUACAGAAACGUCUCUGGGUGCCUUUUGCGUCUUGACGAUAAUACGAGCAUGCUAUUAGACUGCGGGGAAGGCUCCAUUUCACAGCUUUUCGUCCUAUGUAAGUAUGAUUUGGACUUAUUUUUUAAAGUUAUUGCUUCAAUUAAGAUUGUUUUCAUUUCUCAUACACACGAGGACCAUUUUUUGGGUAUUUUUAAUCUUAUACAACUAAAGAAUAUAGUAAAUAUUAAGCAAAGAACCGAAAAUGUCUCAAAACUGACCCAAAAUAGUAGUUUCCAUUAUCUUAAGUAUCAUAAAAACCCUGAAGAAGUCAAAGAAAUCUACUUUAAUGAUCAAAUUAGAAGCAGAGAUUUUGGGAACUUGGUAAUUAUUGGACCAAAAAAGAUAGAAAAUAUAUACAAUCUAUUCCAAGAGAAAAUUACAUUAGACAAAAGAAAAAGAAUUGGGGAUUGUGAAAUCUAUUUUAUAGCUAUAGAUAAAAGAAUGAAUAGAAACUUUGAACAUAAAUCAAACCAAAAUCAGCUAUUAGAUGAUUUCUUUUUAAAGCUCGAAUUCUUUCCAGUUAAACAUAUAAGAUCUUCCUAUGGACUGAAAAUAAUGCUUAAGCUUGAUAAUAAGGUAGAACAUGAGAAAGAUUCCCCAUUAUUCAAAAUCGUAUUUUCAGGAGAUACAGCUACUCCAUGUGCAUCCCUGGAACAUGCAUCAAAGGAUUGUGAUGUUUUAAUACACGAGGCAACUUUUGAGGACAGUUUAUUAAAAGAUGCUCAAGAAAAAAAUCACUCUACUGUUUCAGGAGCAAUAGGAACAGCCUAUAAUAGUUCAGCAAAGUUCCUUCUUCUUACUCAUUUUAGUCAGAGAUACUUUAGCAUGCCAAAAGUUGAAAUGGAGAAUGAAUUUUUUAAGAAUUAUUUUUUAAAUAAAACGCUUUCUGGUAAUGAGAUUCCACGAUUUAAAUGA